CUCGAAGAACUGUACUUCCUCAUCGCUCGCUUCUUGACCACGGGGCCUUGCAGGAGAGCGGCGGAGGCGCUGGUGCAGGAGCUGGAGCAGCACCAGUUACUUCCCACACGUUUGGAUUGGAAAGGCAAAGAGCAUUGUAGAAGUUACGAAGACUUGGUCUUAUCUAACAAACAUGUGGCUCCAGAUCACUUGCUGCAUAUCUGUAAACGGAUCGGCCCUAUACUGGAUAAGGAGAUUCCACCCAGCAUUCCGAGAGUGAACUCCUUGCUGGGUGCAGGGAAGCAGUCCUUACUGCGCACAGCAAAAGAUAGCAGAAAUGCAGUUUGGAAAAGCUCUUUUGUUGCUGCCCUUCAUAGAGGAAGACCCCCUGAAAUAGCUGUUAACUGUGUUCAACAAUCAAAUCUUGUGGAAGUAAAUUAUGCAAAACAAUUGAACGGUUGGACAAGAUCCAGUUCUUCAUUUCCAGGAAGCAUGUAUCAGCAUAUAAAGAUGCACAGGCGUAUACUUGGUCAUCUCUCUGCAGUUUAUUGUGUAGCAUUUGAUAGGACUGGACACAGAAUAUUUACUGGGUCAGAUGAUUGUUUGGUGAAGAUCUGGUCGACUCACAAUGGACGGUUAUUUGCUACACUUAGAGGACAUUCAGCAGAAAUUUCUGAUAUGGCUGUGAAUUAUGAAAACACAAUGAUUGCUGCUGGCAGUUGUGAUAAAAUUAUCAGAGUUUGGUGCCUCAGAACGUGUGCUCCAGUUGCUGUUCUACAAGGACACACAGGAUCCAUUACAUCUUUACAAUUUAGCCCAUUGGUGAAAGACUCCAUGCGAUACAUGGCCUCCACAGGUGCGGAUGGAACAAUUUGCUUCUGGCAAUGGGACACCAGUUCUAUGAAGUUCAAUAACCGGCCACUGAAGUUUAUAGAAAAGCCUAGACCUGGAGUUCAAAUGCUUUGUUCUUCAUUUAGUGUUGGUGGGAUGUUUUUAGCUACUGGCAGUACCGAUCAUGUUAUCAGAAUGUAUUACUUCGGUUCUGAAAUUCCUGAAAAAAUUGCAGAGCUGGAAAGCCAUGCGGACAAAGUUGACAGCAUUCAGUUUUCUAAUACCGACGAUAGGUUCAUAAGUGGCAGUAGAGAUGGUACAGCCAGAAUCUGGCGAUUCCAGCAAACUGAGUGGAAGAGCAUUUUGUUGGACAUGUCUGACAAAUUACCUGGUGAUUUAUGUUCAGAAGAAGAUAAAUUUAUGAAGCCCAAGGUGACCAUGAUAGCUUGGAGUCAAAAUGAUAAGUUGGUGGUUACUGCUGUGAACAAUCAUCUGCUCAAAGUAUGGAAUUCUUAUACUGGGCAGUUGCUUCAUGAUCUCACGGGUCAUACAGAUGAAGUAUUUGUUUUGGAACCUCACCCAUUUGAUUCCAAGAUCAUGCUUUCUGCAGGCCAUGAUGGCAAUAUUUUUAUUUGGGAUCUAACAAAAGGCAUCCAAAUGAAACAUUAUUUUAAUAUGAUUGAAGGACAAGGACAUGGCGCCGUAUUUGACUGCAAGUUUUCAUCAGAUGGGCAGCACUUUGCCUGUACAGAUUCUCAUGGACACCUCUUAAUAUUUGGCUUUGGUUGCAGCAAACCGUAUGAAAAGAUUCCCGAUCAGAUGUUCUUCCACACUGAUUACCGACCACUGAUUCGAGAUUCUAACAAUUAUGUCCUAGAUGAGCAGACUCAGCAGGCUCCUCAUCUCAUGCCUCCACCAUUCUUGGUUGAUGUGGAUGGAAACCCUCAUCCAACAAAGUACCAGCGGUUGGUACCGGGACGAGAGAAUUGUGCAGAUGAGCAUCUGAUUCCUCAGCUGGGAUAUGUAGCAACAAGUGAUGGAGAGGUGGUGGAGCAAGUAAUAGGUCAACAAACUGCUGAUCAGGAUGAGCAAGGUCUGGAGCCUAGCAUACUUGAUGGCAUAAUCAGACAGUUGCAACAGCAACAAGACCAAAGACAUGGCACAGAUCAAGACAUCCUUCCACAUGGGCCACAGAAUGGAGAAGAAACUCCUAGAAGAGUCUAUCGGAUGCUUAGCUCGGAUAUCCAGUCCCCACCUAAUAUUGGCUUGCGGCGUAGUGGUCAAGUUGAAGGAGUGCGCCAGAUGCAUCAGAAUGCUCCAAGGAGUCAGAUUGCCACAGAGAGAGAUCUCCAGGCAUGGAGACGGAGAGUCGUAGUUCCAGAAGUAACAUCAAGCAUAUUCAGAAAUCAGGAAGAAUACAGGAUUGCAAAAGGUGAAGAAGAGAAGUGGCUGUAUACAGCAGAACAGAAAAAGAAGUUACUCCUGUCUUCAGAAAAGAGUGACUCUGAAGAUUCACUGAUACAGUCCAAGAGGAGACUUUAUAGACGUAAAUAUGCAAGGUAUCAAGCGCGGAAUAAUAUUGAGCAGUCUGAUUCUUCUAGUGAAGAAGCCGAUGACUGUUCUGGAUUUAUAGAACAGGAAGUAGAAGUAAGUGAAGGCUUGAGUUUGACUUCUCAUGAAAAAGAAUGGGAGAGUGACAAGAGAACCAAUAGUAAUAGUUCCAGUAGUGACUCCUCAAGCAGAUAUUCUGACUGGAUUGCUGAUGCAGGGAUUAAUCUACAACCUCCUGUACGAACUUCUCGGCGCAAAGCUGUUAGAUACUGUAGUAGUUCUGAAGAUGAAGUAUCGUUGGAACUAUUAUCUCCACCAAGAAGGAGGAAAAAAAGACGGAAAAAAUACAAACCAAAAAAGCACGAGGAGGAAGCACAAGAAAAUGCUCCAGCCCAAUCAGUCAGCCUACAAUCGCCAAAUGAUUUUCACCCUCCUGAUUGGAUUACAGACACAAGACUCCGAAGAUCUCCCUUUGUCCCUCAGAUGGGUGAUGAGGUAAUAUAUUUUCGACAAGGUCAUGAAGCUUAUAUUGAAGCGGUAAGAAAAAACAAUAUCUAUGAGUUGAAUCCUCACAAGGAGCCAUGGCGAAAACUGGUUCUUAGGGAACAAGAAUUGGUAAAAAUUGUUGGGAUACAUUAUGAAGUUGGCCCUCCUACGCUGUGUUGUCUCAAGCUUACUCUUAUGGAUCAUGUUAACGGGCAGCUUCUGGAUAAAUCCUUUUCUCUCAAAUACCAUGAUAUGCCAGAUGUUAUUGACUUCCUUGUAUUACGUCAGUUCUUCAAUGAAGCACGACAAAGAAACUGGCAGCCUUAUGAUCGCUUUCGUUCAAUUAUCGACGAUGCUUGGUGGUUUGGAACUGUUUUAAGCCAAGAACCGUAUCAGCCACAAUAUCCAGACAGCCCUUUUCAGUGUUACAGUGUUAAGUGGGACAAUGGCGAAACAGAAAGACUUAGUCCAUGGGAUAUGGAACCAGUUCCUGAGAAUGUAGUUGAUCAGCCUGAAGAAUUAGGAGCUAGUGUUUCUGUGACUGCACAAGAAAUGGCAAAACUACUGUACAAACCUCAAAAAGGGGAGUGGCAGGGAAAAUCCCAAAGUGAAGAAUGUGGACGGAUUAUUUGUGGAAUUGAUCAACUUCUGACACUUGAUAUUUCAGCAGCAUUUGCCGGUCCAGUUGAUCUGAACACAUAUCCUAAGUACAGUACAGUAGUAGCUUAUCCAACAGACCUUUGGACUAUUCGGACAAGACUAGUCAACCAAUUUUACAGGAGGCUCUCUGCUCUGAUUUGGGAAGUCAGGUGUAUUGAGAGCAAUGCCAGGACUUUUAAUGAGCCCAACAGUGCCAUCACUAGAUCUGCUCAGAAGAUCACAGAUCAGCUCGUAGAAUUCAUACGGAAUCCUAACUGUACAGAUAUUUUCGAGCUGUCCAUUGCAACAAACAAUGUCGAUAGCACUGAUGCUGAUGAUCUGGAAGAUGAAGAGGCCUACAUACCAAGAACGCCUUCCAGAAAAAGAUGGGCUUUGAAGAAGACCAUGGUGAAACCUAGCUAUGAUGAAAAUAGUUGGAAGACGCAAUGUAUGGAACUUGUAAAUUUAAUCUUCCAAUGUGAGGAUUGUGAGCCAUUUAGACAACCUGUUGACCUGGAUCAGUACCCUGAUUACAGAGAGAUCAUAGACACACCAAUGGAUUUGGGCACUGUGAAAGAGACAUUAGAAGCUGGAAAUUAUGAUACUCCGAUGGAAUUGUGCAAAGAUAUCAGAUUAAUAUUUAGCAAUGCUAAAUCUUAUUCCCCAAACAAAAGGUCCAAGAUAUAUAGUAUGACAUUGAGGUUAUCUGCAUUGUUUGAAGAAAAAAUAAGAAGAAUCCUCUCUGACUUUAGAACUGGCCAAAAACACAAUGAAAGAUUGCAGAGAAGUCAGAAAUACAAUAAGAGGUGGCGAAGUCAGAGUAAAUCUGCACAAUAUUCUAUCAAAACACUCAGAAAUACAAAGCAGAAGCAAAGUAAAUCUCACUCAAGAAGUCAGUCAGAGGCAGAAGACUCUUCUAACCAACAUACGUCAAGCAGAGCGUUUUGUGUUACAAGCCAUAAAACAAACGCUAGCAGCUCCAGCCGCAGCGUUCCUGGCGUAUCUUCUGACUCUGCCUCUGCAUUGUCCUUCGGGAAAAAUGGACGAACAAGAAGUACAGCCAAAGCUCACAAUUCCACGUUGUCAUCAGAAAGUGAAUUAGAACAUUCAAUAGCUGCUUCGUCUUCAAGUAGUUCAGAGGAAAGCAAAGAAGAGCUCUCCUCUCCUAUGUUACGCAAUGGAAUAUCUGGGAAAAAGAACAACAACUUCAGAGUUACUAGAAAUAGAGUAUAUCAGCAGAAACAAAUGGAUUCUCAGGAGGCUGGAAAUCUCCAAAGAGCUAAUAGGAGAAGAUUAUAUGAAAAAGACACUGAAUGUUCAACAGAGCCUUGUGAAGCUUUGAGCAACAGACAUCGAAGGCACAGAAAAAUUCCACGCAGGAGUGCUACUGUGGCAGCUAAUAAACUAAGACUGAUGAGCGAUGUAGAAGAGGAGCACUCUAGCUCAGAAAGUACUGGUAUUGGGAGCAAAAACAGAAAACUGCCUCAUCGCAGUGCUUCUGCAGCAGCGAGAAAAGUGUUGCUAAAUGUUUCUUACAGUUCUAUACAGAGUGAAAGUGAUAAGGAAGUAAAAGAACAAUAUAGCCGAAGGAAAACCGUUGAAACUGAUUCUGGUAGCGGUGCUGUUAAAAAAAGGCAUAUUAGUGAAUCUGAAAGUGAAAGUUCAGAUUCUGAAAGCGGAAUGCAAAAAAAAUUUAAGAGCUAUCACAUUAAUGGCCAUAAGCAGCCACACAGAGCUGCCUGCUGUACACCUCCCAAAAUAAAGCCCACUGUAGAGUUUUCGGAAGAUGACUCUAAAAAUACUUCAGAAGAUGGGAGCAUUCAACGAGCUUCUGAUUGUUCUGCAUGCAAAAGUAAAUCCAGGAGCAACUCUGAGGCUGAUUCUGAAUCAGACAAAUGUAGUGGGUUACCAAAACAGACUCUUAAAAAUGCAUCGACUCGCUACAGGAAAGCAAAAGUUUUAAGUGACUCAGAGGAAACAGCAGAGUCUGUGGCAGAGGAUGAGAAAAUUACUCUUUUAGGGAGCAGAGGAACUGAAACUUUAAGACAAUUAGAUGAUGGUGCCAAGUGCUCAUCUAAUCUGGAAUCCGAAACAUAUUCUGAUAGUAGUAACUACAGCAAUGCGCCAAAAAGACAGAAAAGGAAAGCUGUCAGGAAAGAAUGUGUCAUCCAGCAGAAUGGUCAUAACAGAAAGUCUGCCAGAAAGAGACCACAUGAAAGUGAUUCUCAGAAAGAAGAGGGAGCUUCUAAAAUAAAACAUAUAUCAGCUUUUCAAGGAAUAAGGCAAAGUCCUGUAGUACUCAGGAACAGGAAAAGCUUCAAAAACUAUGUGGAAUCAAAUAGCAAACCAAUGAAUAUCAAUGUUGUGAAUGGGAAAAAAAAUCCACGCCAUAGUGCUGCUGUGGCUGCUAGUAAAAUUAAGUUAAUUAGCGAUACUAAGGAAAACAUCUCAAGUCCAGAAGGUGGAGAUGCUAAAAACACAGCCCGAAGAUAUCCAUACCGCAGUGUGUCUGCUGCAGCCAGAAAGUUGAUACUGGAUAUUCCACCUUCCCCCUCUGAAAGUGAAACAGAACUAAAAGAAUGUGAGAUUACAAGAAAAAAAAUUCGGACCAGUGCUUGCAUAGUUAGAAAAUCUGCUGGAGAAUCAAAUGUGAAACAUUUGGACUCUAAAAAAGAGCUCAUAGUAAAUCAGAAGAGCAGGCAAAGCACUAGCUCAAGACAUCAGCCUCUCAGAACUGUGGGUCGUGUUUAUCCUAAAAGAAAAAAGCUUGUAGAACCUUUGGAAGAAGGAUCAUCUAAUAGUCUUUCAUUUGCAAAUCAGAGAAACUUAAGCCGAUCAUCAUCUGCAGAUAACCAUAACAUAGCAAGCAAUUCUCUAGCAGAUUCUGAAUCUGAAAAAAAGUAUGGUGGCAAAAAUGCCAAAUGUGUAACAGAGGCUGUAACAAAAGGGCAAAAGCAAAGAAGUUCUUUGUUAAAGAUCAGGAAACCUGGAAAAAAAUCUGAACCUGAUGGCUGUUCCAAUUACUCAUCUGAUUCAGAAUCUCAAACAGAAUCUAAGGAUAUUAACAAUAGCAAGGAUAGUACAACAGAAAAGAGAAAAAGGAGAGCCGCUGAAACAGGUAAAAAUAUAAGCAACGGUAUCUCUGAACCUUCCAGAGCAAACCAGAGAAGGAAGCGGCCAAAAGUGAAUGAAGAAAAUGAUUCUGAAGAACUGGAUUACACAAAGUAUAAAAGAGUGAAUCGGCGUUCCAAAAUAAAAACUAGAAAUGGAGGUAGGAGGACUGUAAGGUAUGCAGAUGAUGAAGAUGAUUGUGAAAUGUAACCUGACAGUAAUUCUUCAGUUCAUGACG